GGAUGAGCGAGCGUGGGUCUGUGAGGUCGGGCGGGCGCAGUCGGAGGCAGAGUCGUGCGGGCAUGGAUGAGGCGUAUGUGCCGACGCAGCCGUAUGGGAGUCCGGCGAGGAGCGGGAGGGAUAUGGCGGAAAGCUUGAGGUAUUCUGAUCCGGACGUCGCGAGGUCGAUGAGGAGGGCUGCGUCCGAGCAGUCGAGAUCAGGAUAUGGCUACAGCGGCCCUCCCCGACAUCGCCCUGCGCAUCUCACUACACCUGCGCCCCUGGCGUCUGGCCCGGGACGCACAGAGACGCCAGCGAGCACCGGGUCCCGGCACCAGCGGUCGUACUCGGUUGCUUCUCCGAGACGCGCGCCCUCCAGCCUUAGCGGGAGCUUUUAUCAUCGUCGAGCGGCCUCGUCGGAGGCGCAGCCUCCUGCCAGCAGAGAUCCCCCUCCUUCGGAUGGCAGGCGCUCCCGUACGCAAGGCCCGUACAUGGUACCUGUCUCCCCCAGCCCACUAGGACAGGGCUCUCCGCUUCCGCCUCAGGCGUCCCCUCGUCUCGCCCCGCAAAGCAUGUACGCGCAGCCACCGCCGUCCAAUCCUUAUGCGCCACCGCCGCCGUCGAAUUCGUACGCUCAGCAGCAAGCGCCUUCAAAUUCGUACUAUCAACGGCCGAUAUCGUCUAGCACUUACGGCCAGGCUCAAGAUUCCUACGAUCAACCAUACGUGCCGCCGAGUCCCAGAUCAGCCGCUCCUUCGCCUCAACGCGCUCCCUCGCGUCUCGCUGGGGACGCCGAUCCCCGUGCCUGCGCCGACCGUAUACCAGGUCCCGCCAUAUGGCACAGAUCGGACACCGCC